GUUCUCUUCACUCAUAAUUCUUCUUCAACAUCAGCAGUACCAAAUUAAGCAUCAGAAAUGAGAGGAAGACAAACACAGACUGAUACAUCAGCAGCUCUGGUGCUUCAAGCACAAGAGCCUUCACCACUAAAUACCGUCGCACCAAUUGUGUCUUCCUACAAUGACAAAAUCCGCCCUCUGCUCGACGCCAUCGACAAGCUCCGUGACCUCAAGGUGACGGAGGAAGGCAUACAGCUCCCCACCAUUGUUGUUGUAGGAGACCAGUCAUCCGGCAAGUCCAGCGUCCUUGAAUCCUUGGCCGGUAUCAGCCUGCCCCGUGGACAAGGUAUCUGCACCAGGGUACCCCUUAUAAUGAAGCUCCAACACCACUCUAACCCUGAACCUCAUCUUUCCUUGGAGUACGGUGGCAGAGUCGAAGACACUAACGAGGUCAACAUUUCUGAAGAUAUUAUCAACGCCACCAAUUUUAUUGCUGGCGGAGGUAAGGAAGUUUCUAACACUCCGUUGACACUGUUAGUUAAAAAGAAUGGUGUUCCGGAUUUGACCAUGGUUGAUCUCCCUGGAAUCACUAGGGUUCCUGCUCCUGGCCAGCCUGAUAAUAUCUAUGACCAAAUCAAAGAUAUAAUCAUGGAGUAUAUAACACCUGAAGAGAGUAUUAUUCUGAAUGUUUUAUCUGCUACUGUUGAUUUCACUACUUGUGAAUCCAUUAGGAUGUCACACAGUGUGGAUAAACAUGGUGAGAGGACUCUUGCUGUUGUUACAAAAGCUGAUGUAUUACCAGAGGGUCUACUAGAGAAAGUUACUUCUGAUGAUGUGAACAUUGGUCUUGGUUAUGUCUGUGUGAGGAACAGGAUUGGUGAUGAAACUAAUGAGGAGGCAAGGGCUAUUUCUGAUAAACUAUUUCAAACUCAUCCACUGCUUUCUAAGAUUGAUAAAGCAAUAGUUGGAAUUCCGGUUUUGGCUCAAAAGUUGGUGCAGAUUCAAGCUGCUAGUAUAGCUCGCAACUUGCCGGAGAUUGUGAAGAAGAUCAACGACAAGCUCAAUGCUUGCCUUUCCGAACUCAACAACAUGCCAAAGAGUUUGUCAACCGUUGCUGAGGCCAUGACAUCUUUUAUGCAGAUCAUUGGAGCAUCCAAAGAGUCCCUUAAGAAGAUUCUUGUGAGAGGUGAAUUUGAAGAGUAUAAAGAUCAGAAACGCAUGCACUGCACUGCUAGGCUGGUCGAAAUGCUCAGUGAGUACUCGGAUCAACUUGACAAGUAUGAUCAUAGUGAAACCAAAUGCCAAAACUUUUUGAUGGAGGAGAUUAAUAUUUUGGAGGAAGCAAAAGGUAUCAAACUUCCCAAUUUUGUUCCCCGAAAUGCUUUCCUUGUUAUCCUGCAGGGAAAAGUGAAUGAGAUCAAAGAUCUGCCUAUUGAGUUUGUGGAGAGGGUAUGGACUUAUAUUGAAGAUGUGGUUAUUUCUGUGUUAAUGAAGCAUUCAGAAUGUUACUACCAACUUCAGUUGUCUACCAGGAGAGCUGGCCAUAAUCUAAUGGCUAAGAUGAAAGAAAAGUCGAUCAAGUGGAUGAAUGAAAUUGUUGAGAUGGAAAAGCUUACGGAUUAUACAUGUCAUCCGGAGUAUGUAUCUGAAUGGACUAGGCUCAUGGCUGGACAGACUGCAUUCUUAAGUGGCUUGUAUGGUGCUGACCACCCCUCAAAGAUAACUGUCUGUAUUGGGGAAGUUGAAGUUGAAGGUCUAAGGAAGUACUCCCAUGAAUUAGUAUCCCAAGCUUUUGACUUGAACAUGCGGAUGAUUGCAUACUGGAAGGUUGUUCUGAGAAGGCUAGUUGAUUCUAUGGCUCUGCAUUUGCAGUUGAGUGUUACCAACCUUGUCAACAAAGAGAUAGAGAAGGAGAUUAUCAAUGAGCUGAUGGGACCUAACUAUGGUUAUGGGAGUGGCAUUGAGAGGAUGCUGGAGGAAUCUCCUUCUGUAGCAGUCAAGCGUGAGAAGCUGGUAAAGAGCAUCAAGAAACUCAAGGAUUCUAAGGAGGUGGUGAGCAAGAUCAUGGAUGGCAUUAUUCCUUAG